AUGUUGAAAAAAAUUUCUCAACUGACUAGCGUGGUGGUGCCGUCUCAAGUAUGGCUGAAACGUCAGCCAGUGUACAACCUGUAUCGUGUAGUUGGUUGUUACGGUAGUCGGUGUAACGAUUUGUCGCGAGUUAUUACGUAUCUUCCUAAAUGUCCCGUGUUUUACUUGUACAAAACCUCGAGAGGAAGGCUUAAACAAAUUAGUGAAACUGCUGUCAGCACAUGCAGUGGAACAGACGGAGAAGAAAUGGCACCAACGCGUGUUAUUCUUAUGUCGUGUGGCAGUUAUAACCCUCCGACCAAUAUGCACCUAAGAAUGUUUGAGAUCGCCCGUGAUCAUCUUCACAGGAUGGGAACACAUAUUGUGGUUGGCGGUGUCAUAUCUCCUGUGCAUGAUGCAUAUGCCAAGAAAGAGCUUGCAAGCGCGUCACACAGAUGUGCUAUGUUGAAACUAGCUUUACAUAACAGCGAUUGGAUUCGACUGAGCAGUUGGGAGACUAGACAAAAUGGUUGGACAAAAACUAGAAUUAGUUUGCAACAUCACCAAAAUUUAUUGAACUCUGUGUUGCUCGACUCGAACAAUAUUAAGCACAUACCAAUUGAAGAUCUGGAGUGGAUACCAGAGAAUGUGAAGAAUAGUUCUGAUCAUACGCCUAUCCAAAUCAAGUUGUUGUGCGGUGCUGACUUGUUAGAAAGUUUUGGAACCUAUGAUCUGUGGGCAGAAGACGAUAUCGAUGCUAUUGUCGGCGAACACGGUCUCGUAGUUAUUACCAGAGAAGGCUCAAAUCCAAAUAAAUUUAUAUAUGACUCAGAUAUUCUUUCCAGGCAUAUGCACAAUAUAUACAUAGUAACCGAAUGGAUUCCAAAUGAAGUUAGCUCAACUAGGAUAAGAAGGGCGCUAAAACGAGGCGAAAGCGUUAGAUAUCUCCUGCAGGAUGCUGUAAUCGAUUAUGUCUAUAAACACGGGAUAUACGAUGCGAAGACGACGGCGUCGACAAUUAAGUUGGAACUGACCUCGCCGAACGCGAAUAAUUACUUGACCAUUGACUCCAAGUAUCAAAGCACUUUUCUCACGCCGUCGCCUAGCGACGUAACCAUGGACUCCCCGAGUCCGAUCGAAAUAAUAUCCAUCGACGUGCCCGACACAGUUCUCCGUAAGAAUAUCCAGAACGCCACGAACAUAGCCGCACGGCACGGCGGUCUCGAGGAGGCUCGCGAAAAAUUUAUAAACGCCCUAGUGGCCGAGAACGGCAACGCCAAACACUUGCCCACCUCGAAGGCCGCGUAUCCAGGUCUCGCGAAACAGAUCAUCGCCACCGAAACCGGCGAGUCGCAGAUCCUCGACGAGGUAGGUUUCGUUGACGAUGAGAGAACGGUCAGGACGGCAGCGGAGGUCCAGUCGCGACCUAGCCAGGUAGAACAGGAGUCCUCGAGCGUCGUCGUCUCGGCCAAACAGGAAGAUUCAACGACGGAGGAUACGAACGCCUGCGUAGAGGCGAGGGACAACGAGUCCAACGACGGCAGAGUUCCAACGACGCUCGAGGACGACGUAGGAUUAAGUAGAGGCAAAGACGGCGAUGGUAGAUCCUCGGUGUCGCCGUCGAGUCUCUCCGUGACGUCCGCUGUGGACAACAGCGGUCGUCAUGAGUGCGCUCUGUCGGACUUCAGCGUGGACAAAGAGGAUUACAGGCUGACCCGUUACGGCUUAGAUGACGCCAUGGAGGACGAGGCGCAGGAACAGAGCGAGGAGACGCGAUUAGGCAAGGAGCAGUCCAGCUCGAACGACACGAACGAGAGCAACGUCGUAGAGCAGGACUGUUUCGCCAGCGAUAGCGUGCGGUGCUCCAACACCCAGGUGUUGGUCCUGGUUAGCGCCAUGAUACACAACCCUUUCGAGAAAGAAGCCGCGACGUUGAUCUUAGAGGAGAACGGGGUUCAGGGUAAGGGCGAGAUCACGAUAUACAAGGGCGAGUCGGAUAGGAGCAUCGACAAGCUCAGUCUGCUGGUACAGCCGUCUGUGCCCGUGCCUAACGAGAGUUCGGUUAAGAUUCAAGAAAUAGUCGACGAAGAACCGGAAGGUACGAAGGUGGGUUCAGACGAACCUUCGGCUGUGGAUAACGCCUCGAAGAGGGACGUUAAUCUGGAGAUAGACGGUAAGUAUCUGAAGUCCGUGGUGAACUCACGCAAGAGUCCCAGGAAGACCAAGAAUGGGCAGAUGAGAGUGUACGAGAACGAGGAGAAACGAGGUAAAAACGGGGACAAAGCGAAGAAGAAGUGUACCGAUUCGUGUACACAGUCGGAGGACACGUUCUACAAGUCUCUGUCGAAAUCCUCGCCGAGAACGAAGGAGGGGAAGUCCUCGAGAUCGAGUACCCAGAAGACAGCAAACAGUUCGAAGAUCUACGAGUCCUCGCAUCGAUACUACGCGCCUCUUAAAGGAAGCUUAGACUCUGUGAUCGCCACCGGCGACCCCAGGACAUCGUCCAGGCGAAGAUCGAACACCGACGAGACGUUCUCGCAGAAGUCGAAGAGUUACGAGUCGAUAAAGAUCAUCCAGGAGGCCUGCUACGAGGAGCCGUCCAAGGCGGACAGCACCUCCCAGUUGAUCACGGCAAACGACCUGGACAUGCAGACGGAGGAGUACUGCUCCGUCUGCUGCUACGGGAACGAGAUGUCCCUGAGGACCGAGGAAGCCUUAGGGAGUCCAAGUCAAGAGAAUUUCUAUACUUUGCGCUCGAACUGCAGCUCCCUGGGAGACGAGGACUCCACGGAGUGCGACAUCUGUAGCUCCUGGAACCUCCAGGAGUCCACCGACGUGCUGGACAGGAGGAUCGCCUCGACGAACGAUUGCGAUCAGCUGUGCGAGGUUUGCGAGAUCUGCGGCGAGACGAUAUUCUCCACGCAGGGACCCGUGCACGGGAGAACGCUAGAGUCGUCGUCGAGGAGUCUUCCCAAAGAGGUUUCCAGGAUCGUCGACAGCACCACGACCUACCCGUCGCUGGACGACGACAGCUUCGAGAUCGAGAACUGUGGCCUCCAGAGCGGGCCAAACUCUGCGGACGAUAGGCCAUCGCGCGAAGGUGAGAAACAGUUAUCCAUGUCUUUCAAUUUAUUCGACCCGUCAGUGGUCAAGAGGAAGCCGCAGGAGCAGUACUUCAUCCCCAAGGACGAGAUAGCGAUCCUGUCCAGCGGGACCAGGCGGAUCAGUCGCAAGGCGUCCUUGCUGAGGAAGAAGCCAGAAGAUUCAACGAUCGUCUCCGAAGAUAAACGGCGCUACUCGUCGGUGGACAAUCUUCAGUUGGCCAAGACGUCCUCCAGGAGCAACGAUAAGAUCCUCAGGCCUAGGAACAGCAAGCUGAUCGGUUCUGCGGAUAAUAUACGCGCCCCGAAGAGCUCCAGGCGGUGCAAGUCGUUGCAGAGGUCUGCAGACAACGUGCGCUACAUGGACUCGUCUACGGACAACCUGGACUCACUGAUAGAGGGCCUGGACAGAGAGGACGAAGGGGACACUGUCGAAUGGAUGGAGAGACCUAACAUCAGAGACAACGAAACGGUGAAGAUGAUCCUGACCAAGCACGGCAUCAAGAUCAUCAGCGAGAAGGAGACCGCUCUGUAAUCCAGAUGGCUCUAACGCAGACGAACAAUCAACGAAUUGAGGAACGCGAUUUUUCAGAGGAUACUGCUCACAUUAGUUGGAAACAGAGAACACGCGAAUUAGCUCGAGCUCUCGUUAGGUCACCCGAAAACUUUUAGCAGACUUGUCGACUCACCCUGCGACGGUGACUGCCGCCUUCGAGAGUAUACCGAGAUUUUUCACUGUACGAUAGCCUAGUCUGACGAAUACGUGUCUCUGUAUAGCUCACUCGAGGGACAGGUUCUCUCCGAGCGAGAGGAGCGCUGAAGUGUUACGAUUAUAUCCAGCUCAUAGAUUCUAUUUAAUUAAAUCGAUAUUAAGCGAGUAAGGGGAGCAUUUCAUAUCGUAAACGCGAUCGUGUUUCUAGAACUCUUUUAACAAAUUAUGGAGGCACAAGUUUAGCAUGAAUUAGGUCAUUGAUCGAAUGAGGUGGAUUAGAAAAAUAAAAAGUAUUUCAUUUUUCCAACUCAUUUCAUUGAAACAAUUCAUACAUAUUGAAAACAUGUGAUUUCAGAAUUGUUCACGAGAGUUCCUUAAUUGCGUUUAUAAUAUAAAAUGAAUCCCACAGCCAUUACUCCCUCAAUUUAGAUUUAUUAUUAAGGACAAGGAUGGUUUAUAAUGGUUCAUUAUUCAUUCGGAUAAUGAUCUAUACAGGGUGUUAACGAAACCGCAGACCGUAUUUCAGAAUCGAUUAUUCGCGCGAAAAGAAACCAAAAAGUCCUUGACCAUUUUACAAUCCUAUGCUUUAUUACGUAGAUACGAGCAAUCAAAGUUUACUCCCGUGACUCAUGGCGCGCCAUUUUAUAUCCCCUGUCAGCUGAUCGCUGCGCACGCGCACGCGUCCAGAACUUCAGCUGCUUGUAUCUCGAUAACGAAAUCUCUGAUUGUGAAAUGGAAAAGGACUUUUCGAUUCGUAUUGUCGCGUGGAAUCGAUCUGAAAUUAAGUUCCCGCGUUUUUGAUAACGUCCUUUAUACCGAUUUCUAUUUAAAUAAAGUAAUUCGCGCGACGAGAUUUUUGGGAAACGACGGAGCUGCGAACGAACGAAAUCUCGAAGCGUAUUAUUAAGUCGCACGUUGAUCGUCGUAAAUAGGAAAAGUUCUAACGAGUAUAAUAUGCAUACGAGAACACAGGCCUUCGUAAACCUUUUAGAGAACGCAGUAAAAAAAAAAAAAAGA